UUGAUAAGUUUCUUCAGUUUUAAGAUGUCUUACCUAGAAGAUAAUAGUGAAGAUGAGAAGAAGGUUCAGGAAAGCUUGCUGAGUAAAACUGCAGGUGUUUAUCAUGGCAAGGCCCCUCCUGGUAUUCUGUCUCAAACCAUGAAUUAUGUGGGCCAGCUGGCUGGGCAGGUGCUUGUCACUGUGAAGGAACUCUACAAGGGCAUUAACCAAGCCACUCUAUCCGGGUGCAUCGAUGUGGUCGUGGUGCGGCAGCAGGAUGGUUCCUAUCAGUGCUCACCUUUUCACGUGCGCUUCGGGAAGCUGGGUGUCCUGAGGUCCAAGGAGAAGGUGAUCGACAUAGAAAUCAAUGGCAGUGCUGUGGAUCUUCACAUGAAAUUGGGUGAUAAUGGAGAAGCCUUCUUUGUAGAGGAGACUGGAGAAGAAUAUGAAAAACUGCCUGCUUAUCUUGCCACCUCACCAAUUCCAACUGAAGACCAGUUCUUUAAACAUAUUGACCCCCCUUUGGUGAAAUCAAGUGGAAAUGAAAGGCCACCACAGAGUGCAGAUGUUUCUCACACCUUGGAAUCAGAGGCAGUUUUCACUCCGAGUUCUGUGAAAAAGAAGAAACGUAGGAGAAAGAAGUGCAAACAGGACAAUAGGAAGGAGGAGCAGGCGGCCUCCCCUGUUGCAGAAGAUGUAGGCGAUGUGGCUGUGAGCUCUGAUGAUGAGAAGAGAGCCCAGACAGCAAGAGGAUCUUCAAAUGCUUCCUUAAAGGAAGAGGACUAUAAGGAGCCUCCGCCUUUCCAUUCUGGGGAUAACUAUCCCUUAUCUGAUGGAGAUUGGUCUCCAUUGGAAACCAGUUACCCACAGGCAGUGUGCCCCAAGAGUGACUCGGAGCUGGAGGUGAAGCCAUCCGAGAGCCUCCUCAGAUCUGAGUCGCACAUGGAGUGGACGUGGGGUGGGUUCCCAGAGUCCACCAAGGUCAGCAAAAGAGAAAGAUAUGACUAUCAUCCAAGGACAGCUACAAUUACACCAUCAGAAAACACUCAUUUUAGGGUAAUUCCCAGUGAAGACAGCCUCAUAAGAGAAGUUGAGAAGGAUGCUACUGUUGAAGAUACUACCUGUACCAUAGUGAAACCCAAACCUCGAGCCCUGUGUAAGCAACUGAGUGAUGCAGCUUCCACUGAACUUCCUGAAUCGCCUCUUGAAGCACCUCAGAUCUCAUCUACAUUAGAUGCAGACCCUGUUCCCAGCCCAUCAGCAGAGGCUCCCUCAGAGCCCAAGCCAGCUGCUAAAGUAGACUCACCUACAAAGAGAAAAGGUGUUCACAAAAGAAGCCAGCACCAGGGACCUGAUGACAUUUACCUUGAUGACUUAAAGGCUCUUGAGCCUGAAGUGGCAGCUCUCUAUUUCCCUAAAAGUGACACCGAUCCGGGUUCUAGGCAGUGGCCUGAGUCUGACACAUUCUCUGGUUCUCAGUCCCCACAAUCUGUGGGAAGUGCAGCUGCAGACAGUGGCACCGAAUGCCUCUCGGAUUCUGCCAUGGACUUGCCUGAUGUAACUCUCUCCCUCUGUGGAGGCCUCAGUGAGAAUGGAGAAAUUUCUAAAGAGAAGUUCAUGGAGCACAUCAUCACGUACCACGAGUUUGCAGAGAACCCUGGCCUUAUCGACAACCCGAACCUCGUGAUCCGGAUCUAUAACCGUUACUACAACUGGGCGUUGGCUGCUCCCAUGAUCCUUAGCUUACAGGUAUUUCAGAAGAGUCUGCCUAAGGCCACAGUCGAGUCCUGGGUUAAAGACAAGAUGCCGAAGAAAUCUGGCCGGUGGUGGUUUUGGCGAAAGAAAGAAAGCAUGACCAAACAGUUGCCGGAGACAAAGGAGGGGAAAUCUGAGGUCCCUCCAGCAAAUGACCUGCCUUCCGGUACUGAGGAGCCCAUCAGUGCCAGACCUGCAGAGAAUGACACUUCUAGUGACGAGGGGUCACAGGAGUUAGAAGAAACCAUCAAAGUUGACCCCAUCUCGAUGGAGACAUUGAGUCACUGUGGAACAGCCUCAUAUAAGAAGUCUCUCCGACUGUCCUCGGACCAGAUAGCAAAACUGAAACUCCACGAUGGCCCCAAUGAUGUUGUAUUCAGUAUCACAACCCAGUAUCAGGGCACCUGUCGGUGUGCGGGUACCAUUUACCUGUGGAACUGGAAUGACAAAGUCAUCAUUUCUGACAUCGAUGGAACAAUAACCAAGUCUGAUGCUUUGGGACAGAUUCUCCCACAGCUGGGUAAAGACUGGACUCAUCAGGGCAUAGCUAGGCUCUACCAUUCCAUCAAUGAGAAUGGUUACAAGUUUCUGUACUGUUCUGCACGCGCCAUCGGCAUGGCCGACAUGACCCGUGGCUAUUUACACUGGGUCAACGACAAGGGCACAAUCUUGCCUCGAGGCCCCCUGAUGCUGUCCCCCAGCAGCUUGUUCUCUGCCUUCCACAGGGAAGUGAUAGAAAAGAAACCAGAGAAGUUCAAAAUUGAGUGUCUGAAUGAUAUUAAGAACUUGUUUGCCCCAUCCAGGCAGCCCUUCUAUGCUGCCUUUGGAAACCGUCCCAACGAUGUCUAUGCUUACACACAAGUCGGAGUUCCAGACUGUAGGAUAUUCACUGUGAAUCCAAAGGGUGAAUUAAUACAAGAAAGGACCAAAGGAAACAAGUCAUCGUAUCACAGGCUGAGUGAGCUUGUGGAACACGUGUUCCCACUUCUCAAUAAGGAACAGAAUUCUGCCUUCCCAUGCCCAGAGUUCAGUUCCUUCUGCUACUGGAGAGACCCAAUCCCUGACGUGGACCUGGAUGACCUAGCUUGAAAAAGGCCUGUGUGGCAAGGUGGGGGCACUGUCACUCACCUCCCAGCAGGGAAGGUCACUGGCCCUCUUACAGAUGAAGACCCAGGAGCUGACAGUCAGGAACCUGCUUUCCAGAACAGGGACAGAGUCCCCGAAGCUGGCACUGCCACCUUCUUUCAGCUUCCUAAGCCACCACUCAGCACCUAGACAGAGGAGUGAGGGGCAGUCAGCCUGCAUUAGAAGCCUGUGCUCUGAAGCCUGUGCUCCAUUACUUGUGGGCCUCACAUGCCUCUUGUGGAGUUGUGUGCUGUGCACUGGUCAGCUGCAUAGUUUAAAAAGGAAGAAACCAGAAACUCAAAAAGAAUGGACCAGCACAUGACUACACAAAGUAAAGAGUUAAAAUCUCCACUGGUCAGUUGGGAUCGUUUCUCUCUAUAACCAGGGCUUUCUCCAGAGGUCCAGUUAGUGCUACCAGCUGUGUGUACAUGUCCUCCUCCGGACACCUCCACUCUUGCUCACUGAACUAGGACAGCUGCUUCAUGUGCCAGGCAGGCAGCGCCAGCACCUUGAGCCCAGCUGCACCAGCGUGGGCUGUAAAGUUGGGGGAAGGCACCCUAGCAUCAUCAUCUCCUCACCUGUCCUUGCCGCAAUGAGAAAGAAGUCGUUUAAGUUGUCGUUAUGACCUAGCAGAAGAACAGAUGCACAUUUCAUGUCUGGAGUAACAGUGAGACCUUGGUUUAAAUCACAGGAGAGGCAGUGGCUUUCCUCAGAAGUGUAGGGCAGUUGCCUUGGGUCUUGGGAGUCCUGUUCUCUGACACUGUCACUGCCUUAGGUGGCCCUUGGGGCAGGUAUUUCAGGACAGGAUUUUUGAAAGUCUGGGCUUCAGAUUUGCUAAGGAAAAAGCCUUUGGCUGGUGGCAUUGACCAGUCCUUUGAUUCCAGCCACGUAAGAAGUCCAUGGAGGCGUGGGAGAGAGGACACUGAGUGCCCGUUGAGAGCGAGCACCGCAGCAGGAGCCCAGCCCACCUGAUUCAUCUGUCAGCUCUGACCCUUAUGCAGUUGAUAGUGGGCUACCCCUGCACCUCGCUGGCAGCACCAGACACUGGCCUAGUUAAGUGCUUGUCAAUGUUGGAACAGACAGCACCAGGGAGAGUUAUGUCCUCAGAUCUGCAGAGCCGGGACCAGCUGGGUGUGGACAGUCACUGCAGUGCUCACAUCAAGAGAAGUAUUGAAGGAAGGCGUUCCAGAGACCUCAGUGGUUCAGUCACAGCCCUCCACUGGGAAGAUGGCAGUGGAGGCUUCUGAGCAGAGGGAGAGCUGCCGUUAAAGAUGGUUCCAACUCUGCAUGCCCCUGCAGUUGGAUGGCUGGCCUGACCAGGCUUUAGUUUGCUUCACUCAAAAUAACGCUCGCCUAGAGUUGGCUUAGAAAAGGGGUGGUUAUUUUCCAGAUUGGAGAGUUGAGUGUCCCUGCCUCAUUUCAGUAUUGCAGUUGAAUGCAGAGACCAUGGUUGACAAUGUUUAAUUAAAGAAAAAAAGGACCAUUUGAAGCAUAGUUCUCAGUGGCAAAACCUGAAGGUACAUGCUCCCAGAGAAGGGGCAACACAGGCUUCCACAGGCUGAUGUUUCCCAUACAAUUCACUUCUCCUUCGUGAGUUAUUUGUGUUAGGUAGUAGGGAAACUCAGUUACGUUUAUGUGAAAUUCUUGCCGGUUAGUGAAAUAAGAUCCUAUUAAAGCAGCCACGUGGGAUUUGAUGCCCAAGCCAUCAGUACCUUGGUGAUGUAGCACAUCUUCGCUUUAGGGAAAAAUAAUUGUGUACUUAACCUGAGCUUGGUAGGAUCUCAUGGUACAGAAUGUCUUUUAUGUUUUCUCUCAGACCACUUCUGUUUGUCCUUUAGGGAGCUUUUUACCUAGCUAGUCUGUUUGCUUUUCCUGACAAACCCUUUUUUUUUUUUUUUUUUUUUUUUUGGACACAUGGGCCUCUUCAGAAGGUCCAGCAUAGGCUCUGGGUCUCUUGGCCUGUGCUGAGAGGGUGGCUGGUCCUUCUGUCCGUCUGUGUGUCUGUUAGCCCGACUCUUGUCACUGCACAUUGAUCAGUGAAUAUUUAGGAUAAUGAAUGUAACUCUUUCCUUAAUUAAAGGAGUCUUCCUUGCUGAAAGUAGAUGAUUACUGUUACUGUAGUGUUAUGAGUGUUAGGUUUGUGCUGAAAAUCCAUUGCCAUUUGUUACAAAUGACAUUUGUUCUUUCUGUGAAAGAGAGAUGCCCUUAAGUGUGUUUGCACACAAACCCUUAGAUGGCUUGUUGCAGUGUCACCUUGUCUUCAGUGACAGGUGAUGCUGAAGAGACACUAUGGCAGACCAGCCGCCCGUCCCUCCAUCAGUGUUGCAUCAGUGACUACGGCCCCAUGUCUUUCCAGUUCAGUCUAAUGUUAGUGUCUGGUGUCGAGUGUUGGCGCUUGCACUGCUGUGGAAGUGAUGGCUGCUCUCCCUGUGGAGGUUGUACAUGUGGACCUGGAGCACGCACACGUAACCGUAUGAUCAGUACUGCAUUUCCUGUGGUCUGUCUGCAUAGUCAGUUGGAAAAAGAAAUGUGCUGGUGUAGUAACGUAAAAACAAAAGCUGCUAAAACAGCCUAGAGUGGGUCAGGACACAGCUGAGCAGCAGGAAGCCUCUGUCCUGUGCAGCCCCUGUCCGUGGGGCGGCCCAGCCGUCUGUAGUGCUCUUCAAAGCCAUCAUCUGAGAGAAGAAGCGGUUCAGGUGACGAGCAAGUUUACCACAUAGCCCUGGGAAACCUUGUUCGAGAGCACGCUGGGGUUUAUGUAAAACUUGAAGGCAGAGGAAAGACUUCCCUUUUAAUAAUUACACUCAGCUGAUGAAGGACUUGAUUAUUGGAGAGCAGUGCCACUGAGCAGCUUUUGGUCGUCAGUAAUGAAUUGUAAGCAUCAGUGCACACCUUCAGUGUGGUGCAGAAGUUGUCUUCAGAUGAACGGCUCGUGUUUUGGUGCAGUGUUUGAUGUUCACAAAAAUGUUACAAUAAUAAACUAACGUGAACUGAG